GGGUGUGCGGCGGCGCCCGGCCAGUCGCGCUCCCGCGGUCUGCUGCACCAGCCUCCGCGGAGCCGGCGUCGAGGGCGCGGGGUCCGCGCGAGCGCCGCGCCGAGGCCGAGCGCCCCGACCCGCACCAAGCGCUGCUGUGAUACCUAUUUGUACAAACCGGCGAACGGCCAUGAGGAAACUGAUUGCGAUAUUCUCUCCCUACGCGCGUCGCACCGCUCCACGCGCUAGUUUAUGAGAAACGUUGGUCCUGAUACAUGUACAAAAAUGUUCGAUAUGUCAAUUCAAGAAGUGAACGGGAAGGGUCCUAAGAAGAGGAAAAAGUCGUUGGAGCGUAUCUGUGAUAAUGAGGAGCGGCGGGAGCGUUCGGAGCUAAACGCGGGGGACGGUCCAGCGGAUAGCGGGAAGAAUGGGUCCGUGGACGCCAAGCCGGGGGCCCAGAGCGCCAAGGUCGCCCCGGGGCCCGGCGGCGUGGAGCUGCUGCACUGGCGGGACAUGCCGCAGCACCUGCAGUUCAACCCGUACGUGCUGACCGGCUACCGCCCGCUGCAGAGCUGGGCCGGCUGCGUUGGCAGCCUCUUCUACUUUCACAAUGAAACCAUUAAUAUACUCACCCACGGCGUAUCCCUGGUGUACAUCCUGGCGGUGCUCCCAGGGCUGCUGCCGUGGGGCGGCGGCAGCGGCGCCUGGUUCCUGUCGCUGUGCCAUCUGCUGGGCGCGCUGGCGCCCUGGUGCGGCUCCUUCCUCUACCAUCUCUUCAUGAACCACGCGCGUGGCGAGCAGCUCUACCACCGGCUUCUGCAGCUCGACAUGCUCGGCAUCUGGGUCAGUCAGAGCAUAGGUGCAAUCCCCAUGGUGACGGCGACAGUGCACUGCGCGCCCGCGCCGCUGCGGUACUCGGUACUGGCAGUCUACAGCCUCGGCAGUCUGCUGGGCCUGUAUAAGGCGAUGCGCGCGUGGUCGCCGUGGGAACGGAGGCUAUGCUUCGCGGCGCCGUUCUGCAUGCGCGUGCUGCUGGCCGGCGCGCGCGCAGCCCGGCUCGGCGGCGGCUGCCCGCACGCCAUCCUACACGUGUUCCUCCAGGACGCAGUGUCACUCGGCGGCGGCGUGAUCGGCGCCAUGCACAUCCCCGAGAAGUGGUUCCCAGGCGCCGUGGACCGCUGCCUCAACUCGCACAACAUCAUGCACGUGCUGGUCGUGCUGGCCGUGUACUCCAUGCACCAGGUGACGACGCUUGACCUGGCGUGGAUGUCGCGCGUGGACUGCCGCGCGCCGCUGCGCACGCUCUGACGGCCCGUCUGCGCGCCCGCCCCCUGUGCCCGACACCUCGCGUCUUCACGAUUCGCCUUCAGGAACUCUGCUGCCGGCAACGCAACGGCUUGAACGUUCUUACUCAUGGUAGCCCCUGGUCACCGGUUGUGAGUUGUGUUAAAUCCAAUAAUCUGUCAAGUCUUAGACAGAAAGUUCAGCUUAGAAGGUCCAACUCACAACAUUAGGUUAAUUGGGACAUUAACGGAGUUGUGAGAUUUUGCUCCAGUUGACAUUUAUGGUUACCUUAAGAUCUGGAUACCUUAAAGCUUAUUCGCUGACCGCUGCCGUACCUAUACUUAAUUACUAACUUUAAUAAGACUCAUUUAAUACACGAAGAAGCCCGUGCUUAUUAUAAGCGUUAUUCGACUCUAUAAAAGUAAUGACGAAAGUUUUAUCUUGGUCUUUAUCACGCGAUCAAUGCGAUAUCUAAUCACGCGAGCAAGAAGGCCCAGAACGACAUUUUUAGACGCCAAAUCUGCUUAAUAAUGGUGUAGUCCAGAUGUACCUUUAUGAGUUAUUCUGGAUGGAAUCACGCGUUAUAUUGUAGUUUCCAGGAACAUUUGUACGAUAUUGCGUUGCGUGGCUGGUUGAAAUUGCUUAGGGGCAACAACAAGGAGGGGCUCCCUCGUGCCGUAGCGAACAGGAAAAUGCCUACCUAUUCUGUGAAGGUAAACUACUUCCGCCCUACCCUACCCGUGACAUUAUAUAAUCUGCCAAGGGCCUGCCUCAUUUGGUCGUCUAUCCAAAGCAAUGUUUGUAGUCAUUCCUUCCUGGUUAGAAGCAGGGCUCGGAACCGGUAUUUUUUAAAAACCCCGAAAUAGCCCAAUAUUUUGAAUUUUUAUAUGCUCAUUACGUAGGACUGAAUCAUGUAUUUAGGAAACAAUUUUGCAUUAUUAAAACGUCCCAUUAAAAAUCAAAUUAUAAACAAAAGAACGUAAUAAUACCGGUAUUUUUGUAUUUAGUAAAUACCAGUUUCCGACCCCUGGUUAGAAGUAAGCCAGUCUUCGGUAUUCGUAUUAUGAUUUGAAGAAUGACUUACUGAACUUCGGACCUUAUUGACUACGAAUCCACCAUAAGGUAAUCAUAACAGUUACAAUAUUGAGGAUAAUUUGUUCAAGGAAUAUGGAUGGCGAUGCCGUCAUGUUAUAACGAGAAUGUUGUUUUUCCACUUUAUAACAAAUGUUGAUAGUCACUACAAAAAUAUCUACGCUGCGAACGCUUUCAAUAUUGACUAACUAAGAAAUACUUAGGCUGUACACGUGUACACUUGUACAGAUCAUUCAUAUCUGAGCGCAUAUAGGUGUAGAUAUUUUUGCAGCUCUUUGUUCAAACCUGUGAAAGCCAAAUAACUUUGAGGUGUGGCUAAAUAAGUUUAUUUUUAGUCCUAGUUAUAAAACAUUUCAUACAUAUUGUUUUUUUUUUUUCAAUGAAUACGUACUUUUAAAACAUGUCUGAAGUCUAUAUACAAUAAUUCUUUGCCGCCAUAUUAUUAAAAGUACAUGAAGAUAAUAAUUUUAUAAUACUGCAAAAUCGCUGAUAGGGGUCGCCUUAGGUUGUAUAGCUUUAGUGAAGUAUGUUCAUACCGUAUCCCCCUGCGCUGGACAUAUCCGCCUAAUAUUGCCGACGCAUAAUUUGUAUUAAUGUCUAUUUGGAUGAUUUGGAACGAAGGCAAAUAUCGCAACUGACCAAAACGAGCUCGUCCUUGUCAAGGCAGAAGACGGUAUGGACGGUGUCCCGCUUUAAUGCACCUUCCUCGCUCGAUACUAAUACAAUUAACACGCUAUUAGAACACCUCCACUUCGUGACGCAUUGGGAAUUGGAAACAAAAUGUGCAUUACGAGUAUCAAGAUUGUUCAAAUCAUUCCGAACACGAGACAUUCGUAUGAGAGCAAUCUGUGACUUAUAAAUAUUUUGUAGUAGACAAUAUAUCACGGCCUACGAAUUCGGAUUUAGAAUAGAUUACAACGUUGGUGCCAGCUGUACACACUCGUCGAGAGACCCCGAGACAGGCCGAGAAUGAGUGUGUACAUACAUACUGCUUCUUUCUCGUCCGCUCUUUGAUUGGGUCGGAUGGAGCGUUACCGAGACUCUCGGCGAGAGGCUCUCGUCUCGUCGUGUGUACAGCCGGCAUAAUAGUUAGUUGAUUUUGAUUGAUUUGUCGAAGGCACCUUCCUGUACGAACCUGUGCCGAAGCCACUUUUAACAAUAACUAGAUCUUUAAAAAUAGGUAGAUAGCGUUUCCUCGUACUUAAUAGCUAAUUAGAAGUAAGGUUUGAGAAUUAAUGACUUUUUUCUUUAAUCUGUAAUCGCGGGUAAACGUGGCGGGUGAGUGCUCGUCCGCGAACGGAACUUCAUCAAAGGUAGGAACGUUAUUAAUACGGGUAUCACCGCAACUGUCGAUGCCGAAAAGAAAAUGAGCAAAUGACUAAACUUCAUAAUACCGGCUGAUAUCAGGUCGAGUCGUCCGGAUCGAAAAGAAUGAUGUCUUACAACAGGUCUUAUCCUAACCCAUUGAUUUGACCACCAAAGACGUUAACAGACCCGCACGGUUACCGUGUAAUAUCAACCUUUUUAGCAUUCCGAUAAGGUUUACAAUGGCAGUAAUUGCAAGUUGUAUAAUUAAAGACGAGGCAUUGAAAGGCUUAGUUUUUUCUGACCGACGUAGACUAUAUACGGUGAAACCCUAAAUUGGCAGACCACGAAGUCAACAGAUAAUGUAAUAGUUACUUAAUGAGAUUCCAAUAAUUAAUAUUCUUAACCUUCAAGUUAUACAUGUAUUUUCAUCACACUUGCGAGUAAAUUACUCAAAUACGUUGCAAAAAAUUGACAGUUAGUGGUCCGCUUUACGUGAUUUAUUAAUACGCGGCAAGUAGAGAAAGGGACUAACUAUUUGGUGUAGAGAUACGAUUAAAGAUAUUAGUGUAUAAAAUAUGGUUUAAGUAUGUAAUAUAAAAAUUAAUAUUUAAAAAAAAGUUAAACCGACUUAAAAAAGUAUAAAAUAAAAUAUUAUCCCGUUUUAUAUUCGCUAGCAACUGAAACGUUUGAAGUCGAUGCCAAGCCAAAUAGUUACAAUUACAAUACUGGUUCUUUCUUUCUUAUCAAAUUACACCAGGGUUGGCAUUUGAUUUGACGGUGUUGACGCUUGUAAAAUUUGGCUUGGCACCGACUUCAAACGUUUCAGUUGCUAGCGCAUAUAAAUCGGAUAAUAUUUUAUUUUAUCCUUUUUGAAGUCGGGUUUACUUUUUUUUUAAGAUUUAUUUUAGUCUUAAGUUUUUCAUAUGAGUGAUGCAUCAUUCUGUAAGACUCGUUCCUGUCUGGCCAAACUGUCAUGUCAUUAAACAUUUUUGCGCUUCGAGUACGUAUCAAGUUUCAAGGUCUGGAUCUGAAGCUAUCAAGAUUUGAGGACUUUGACCUCAUGGAACCCAUCAUCAGAACUAGAUCUUAAUACAAAUGUUCCUUCAGAACUUACUUGCUUAACAAACAUAACGAAGAGGACAAAUCGCCAAAAGUGAAAUAUGCGUUGUUAAAGAGUCUCAUUCUGGUCAUCAUCAGCAGUCCCCUGGCUUCAUCUAAUGGCAUUGUUUUGAAUGAAAAUGCUUGGAUUUUUGAUGAAAAUACUAAAAUCGAUAUAUGCCUAUAAGAUUUGAGGAAUUCCCUGGAUUCCUCACGGAUCCCAUCAUCAGAACUGGGUUUUGACAAAAAACGGGACCAACUUGGGACUAGGGAAUAUACAUUCAAACAAAAAAGAUAUUUCCAAAUCGGUUCAGAAAUGACGGUUCUGAGUAUACAUACAAAAAAUACGGUCGAACUGAUAACCUCCUCUUUUUAAGUCGGUUAAAAAGACAGCUAAUAAAUAACCGUUAUACUUUUACCUAUAGGUAUCCAUAAAUAAAUGGUUCAUGAGACUUAUAAGUACUUAAGAUGACUUAAACGACAAAAUUGUAAAGGAAAAAUCCAUUACUCCCUUGAGAAUUAUAUCAGCUAUAACUAUCGACACACAUGCGUGCGACAACACCUUUUACUAGCAGCAAGUGUGAUGAAAACAAAAUGAUCAAAGUUGUUGCUUUAAGAAGUGUUCAAGUGCCGAACAGUUGAAUCCGUUCAUAUCUCAUUCUGUAACAUCCUAGCUAGACCAACUGUAUGAACACUUAAUAAAGCGGGUUGUUAAUAUGAAUUUGUGCAGAUACGAUUGCUACUAAUGAUUUGCAUAGUAUUUAAGAAUUACUACAAUUAAUUCAUACAUUUUUAUUCAAUCUGUCCUUUCUAUAAAAUAGCUUUAGGCUACCCUUUUCAAGGUGCCGGAGGCCAGAGGUACCAGUGAUCUUACGAUUUCUCUAUAUUCGUAUGUUUUCUUCAUGAGCAACUCAUUAUAAAAAAUUAUACUUGGUACUCCAUGACAAGUCACUAUAAGGUUGUUUCGGGGACCGUAGGAGACCGUCGCUAAUAGUAACUUUCGUUUUGCCUGCCGAGUAAGUGAAAUUGUUAGCUGAUGAUAAUGUAUAUAAAACAAGUACUUCUUGGGCAUUCCAAAUAACCUGAAUAAAAACCGUGCACAUAUAAUUAUGACUAAUUUUUCUGCGAUUUUUUUGCGAUUUUGAGAUCGACGUCCUUGGAGCCGAUAUAAUCAAGGUGAAAAUCGCAGAAAAAUGAGUCAAAGCUUUCUGGGUCGGUGGCGACUGGCGACACGCACAUCGUGUAGUGUAUGUAGCCGCACUUAUUCAGCCAGGUAAUAUUUAACACCACUACGAGUACCUACAUUGUACAUCCGAGAAAAAAUGUCAAAAAUGUUUGAGCUAACUAAUUAAAGCGUGUUUGUGUCAGGUCUCAUAGUCCAGUUUUUCCUCGGACCCGGAUUGUCCAUCAUUGAAUGAUUUCAACUUACACGGCGGGUGGAACAGAGCCCUACAACAUUGUUAUAUAACCUAAUUCUUGUGACCAAUGAGCGGUAUAUUUUUGUAUGAUCGGUGUUGUUUGUGUGUUUGUGGUUUGCUUCGCAGCUUGAUUGCAAGUGAGCAUCGCGGGUGAACUAAGUAGACUACCUUCGCUAGUUUGAUAGUUUUAAUCUAAUAAACUAGUCGUAACUUACAGUAGUACGUGUAGAUAGGUAGAUUACAAGCAAUAAAUAAUAGACAAAAAAUAUUGUUGAGAAAUUUGACAAAAGUAGCAGAGAAACAUUAAAAUAAUGAAGGUACCUGUACCUACUUUACACAGCUAUUGUUGAAAUUUUUUACUGCGUCUUUUGAUAGCAAUUCUACUUUUGUCAAAGUUCUGUUGUUUUGAUUAUUAAUUUAACAUGAAGGUAGUAGUGUUACAUGACUCGAAAAGUGUACUUGAGGUUUUUUACUAGAUGUUAGAAGGAACGCACCGCUGUUCUGCCGUCGCCGGCAUCUACAAUUAACUAAUACUAAUUUAUCUAUAACAUCAGUCAUAUUUUUGGAAAGCGAUAUUCCGACAACGUAUUUACAAUAGAAUAGCAUUUAUUUUUCUGUAAAAUUACUUACCCCCUUUACUCAGAUGUUGAUACCUUACCUAUACCUAGCUACUUAUUUUUGAUCAUUGAAGAGUUAGACUAAUCUUUGAAUAGUACUUUUAGGGCUGUUAUUUAAGUUGUUGAUAUUAAAGUACUCCUUGUGAAUUUUACAAAUUAUCUCGCCCAAGUAUCAAUUAUUUACACGAUUAUUAUAUCAUUAACUUAAUCCACGUUUUUAUAAGUAGCCAAUGAAAUUGUUUAAGAAUGAGGUAAUUAUAGCGUACGUUGACGACAAGCCCACCCUGGUCGCCCUGGACUCCCUGGACCUGGAUUAUGGUUUCCUUAGAUGUUUGAAGAAAUAUAUUUUGAAUAGGUUACGUUAAAUAGUGAAUGUAGAGUGAUAUUCAAGAGCAAUAUAACAGUAUUUAGUGUAUUAAAUAUACCUCUCAUGUUACAUGUUUAGUUUAUUUGGCAUUAUGGUUUGUAUCUUACGCUAACGUAAUAACGCGAGUCCGUCUCGGAUAUUUUACCUAGUUGUACAGAUCUAUGAUCAAAUUCUCAAAUUGUAGCCAUUGACGAGAAGGUACCCUAUUAAUUAAACCUUAUUUGACUCAA